UGUUUGUACAGUUUGCUUUAGAAGCCUGUACCAGUAUAGAAUGCAAAUUAUAGUUUCGUAUCGUGUUUUGAUUUCGGCCGUUUAUUUAUUUAAUUUUGUUUAAAGACUUUCCUUGUGCUCUUGGUGAUUAUUCAGCGUGUCAAGUCACUGCCUGCUUUUACGGAGCCCGGAGGUUAAUGACGUUAUUCACUGAAAUCCAGUUCACAUUUCGACGACCUUUUCCUGAGUGGUGAGGUCUGUUAGAAGCUUGCAGACACACAAACGAGAGGAUGUCUACUCACUCUGCUGUGGACAGCCUCAGCCAUCGCUCCCAAAUUGAUUUAGUUAUUGCUGAAGUACAAAGGUAAUUUACUCCUGAAGCAUGGAACACAGGAAGCAACCUGUCCCUCAAGAAAUUGCUCUUGCGUCAGAUGUGUUCGAUCAGUUCUGCAAUUCCUCUACACUGAAAAGCAUCUUAGGUCAUCACAGGCAACUAUGUGAACUGCUGCGCAUCAAGCCUACAGUCUUUCCUCAUUUCUACCCAAAACUUAAGGCAAAACUUCGCUCUUGGAAAGCUCAAGCUCUCUGGGCAAAAUUUGACAAGCGAGCUAGUCAUAAAUGUUACAAUAGAGGUAAAGCUUGCCCUAACACACGUGUUCUGAUCAUUGGAGCAGGACCAUGUGGCCUUCGUACUGCCAUAGAGGCACAGUUGUUGGGGGCAAAGGUUGUGAUAGUAGAAAAGCGUGAUCGUAUCUCCCGGAACAAUGUACUUCAUCUGUGGCCUUUUGUAAUUCAAGAUCUCAGAGCACUUGGUGCCAAGAAAUUCUUUGGAAAAUUCUGUGCCGGUGCCAUUGAUCAUAUUAGUAUUAGGCAGCUGCAAUGCAUUCUCUUGAAAGUGGCCCUUAUUUUGGGAGUUGAAAUACAUGAAGGAGUUAGUUUUGAACGCCUGCUUCCUCCACCUGAUGAGCAAUCAGAUGAAAAGAUUGGAUGGAGAGCAGAAGUGAGUCCUGCUGACCAUCCAGUUAGUCAGUAUGAAUUUGAUGUCCUCAUCGGUGCAGAUGGCAAAAGGAACACAUUAGAUGGAUUCAAGAGAAAGGAAUUUAGAGGAAAGCUUGCCAUUGCCAUCACAGCAAAUUUCAUAAACCGUCGCACAGAAGCAGAAGCUCGUGUUGAAGAAAUCAGUGGAGUUGCAUUCAUUUUCAACCAGAAAUUCUUCAAAGAUUUAUAUGAAGCCACUGGAAUUGAUUUGGAAAACAUAGUAUAUUAUAAAGAUGAAACCCACUAUUUUGUUAUGACAGCAAAGAAACAUAGCCUAAUUGAUAAAGGAGUGAUUUUACAGGACUAUGCAGAUACAGCAAAACUUCUUGCACCAGAAAAUGUUGAUAAAGAUGCCUUACAAAGGUAUGCACGGGAAGCAGCUGAUUUCUCAACUGAAUAUAUGCUCCCUCAGUUGGAGUUUGCAGUGAACCAUUAUGGACAACCAGAUGUAGCCAUGUUUGAUUUCACAUCAAUGUUUGCUGCAGAAAAUGCAAGCCGUGUUGUGGAAAGACAUGGGCAUAGAUUGCUACAAAUUUUAGUAGGAGACAGUUUAUUGGAGCCUUUCUGGCCUACAGGAUCUGGUUGUGCCCGAGGUUUUUUGAGUUCUUUGGAUGCUUGUUGGGCAGUGAAAAGCUGGGGUAGUGGUCAAGCUACCCCACUUGAUGUUCUGGCUGAAAGAGAAUCUGUAUACCGACUCUUGGGUCAAACAACACCUGAAAACCUUCAGAGGGACACAGUUUCAUACACUCUUGAUCCUCACACUAGAUAUCCAAACCUUAACACUAGAUGUGUUUUAGCAAUUCAAGUGCGUGGACUGUAUGAUUCCGAUGACCCAGCGAGUGUAGAGCAGUGCUUGGUCUCUGCUACAGUUCAGGAGAUGCCAAAGAAGAGACGGAGAAAAGUUAAGGAUUCACAAGUUCACCCAGAUACUUUACUUCACUGGUUGAAGAAACAAGUUGCCUUGUAUGACACUGUGCAUGUAGAAGAUAUGACUCAUUCUUUCAAGAAUGGACUUGUCCUGUGUGCAAUAGUACAUCGCUACCGACCAGAUCUUCUGGAUUUUCAUGCUCUGUCACCAGAGGACGUUGCUGCAAAUAAUCAGUUGGCCUUUGAUACUUUGGAACGGGAAUUAGGAAUUCCUCCAGUAAUGACAGGGCAAGAAAUGGAGCAGUGUGAUGUACCAGAUAAACUUACAAUGCUUUCUUAUCUUUCACAAAUCUAUGACACUUUCCGCGGGGAAAUACCACACAUUAAACAUCCAAAAUUGGAAGAGCCAGAAGUGAAAGAAGAUCAUUUUACACCACCCAGGAUUGCUCAAUUACGCAGCCUUACACCAACACAGAAAGUCUCACUCUUAGGUCGCAUCACGUCACAGCAUCAUCAUGCACGUCCUAUACAAAUCCGUAAGCCAGUAGGUGUAGUUAGUUCUCCAGUAGUUACAGCAGGGGAAAGAAAAGUGGAUUCCCUCCGUCGGCAGCGCAAAAGGAGAAGCAACGAUAAGGACAAAAUAGGAAAUAUGGAGAGACCAGCAAACGUCACGGAAGACCAAUGGAAUCGUUGGCAAGAGAUCCGACAAAACCGGUCUGAGAGGGUGGUGCGUAGGAAAUACAUGCUUGAGCUCGCAAAAAGGCAUUUGCAUAAGAGUAUGCAGAUGCUCGAGACAAAUGCUAAACGUGAAGAUUCAGCACCUUUUGAGGACUAUUCUCUAUUCGUAUACCGUCAAACAGCCCCUGCUUUUCAAGAUCGUGUCAGAGAUUUGGAACUGAAACUAUUUUAUCCAGAUCAUGAAGCAAGGAUUUUAAUAGAAGCUCGCAAAGGUGCUGUGGAUAAAGACUUAUCAGGUCGUAUCAAAACUUUGGAGGAGAAAUUGAAGGGUACAGCUGUUGAUAAAAAGCCAAAAGACCUGCGACGUGCAAUAGGAAAAAUAGAAAAGACAGAUUGGAAUGUAAGAGAAAUAGAGAAGAAAAUACUUGAGAAUAAGAUGGGAUGUGGCAUAAAACAUGAAAGACCAGAGAAGGUACCGAAAUGGAGUCGUGAGCAAUUUGAUGACAAGUUUCAAGCAGUAAAGUCAAAACUUCAAAAGAAAGGCCAUGACAAGGAGAUGCCACAUAAGUAUGCUGAUAUUGAUGAAAGUUUCAAGCAGUUUGACAGAAAACUUAAAGAAGCAACCCUUGUGCAAGUGGGACCCCGUGGCAGUAACAAAGUAUCAGCUAUUGCAGAACAGCUUUCUGGCCGGAACCAGGAACCAGAGAAACCCACCACCCAGAAAUCGAAUUCAAAGCCUGCACUAUUCUUGCCUACCCAAGGUGGUUCAGAGUCUUGUCACUUCUGUGGGAAAAGAGUUUACCUCAUGGAAAGGCUAAGUGCAGAAGGGAGAUUCUUCCAUCGGGGCUGUUUCCGUUGUGAAUACUGUAGCACCACUUUGAGAUUGGGUAAUUAUUCAUUUGACCGGGAGGGUAAAUUUGGGAGUAGAUUUUUUUGCACACAGCAUUUUGGUCUCCAGGGAAGCCAGAGAAUGAAACUGAGGAGGAAGAGUGAUGAAUUUAUAUCUGGCCUUGACAAGGAGAACAUUCCUGCCAAAUCAUCACCAAAAACACCAGAGAAGGCAAAAUCCUUAUCUGAGACGAUGGACAGGAUGGCACUCACAGAACUGGAUAUGCUGGAUGCCAAGACUACACCAGAGCGAAUAGAAUUUGAGAAUCUGACAGCAGCUGCUUCAGAUGUAGAGGAAGCCCCUAGUGAAAUGGAUGAAGAUGAAUGGACUGAUCGUAAUUUUGGGGCAUCUGCUGUUGAAGGAUCCAGUGAUUCCAUUUCAGAUCUGAGUGAUUCUGAAGAGGAAGCAAAUGAAGUUUUUGAAGAGGCAAUUGAGCAGCCUUUGACUCUAGAUGAAACCCGCCGUUUGGCUGAAACGUGGACACGCCGGUAUUCAAAGACCCCUGAAGACAAACAGAAUGGUGUUGAUAAAGGAGUAAGACAGGAAGGGGAAGAUGAAGAUAGUGAGAGUUAUGAAUAUGAAGAGAGUGAUGACCUGAGCUACCCAGAGUAUGAAAGUGAUGAUGAUGAGAGUGAGACAGCCACUGAAGGGGAGGAUGAGAUCCGAGCACGUGAACUGCGGAAACAAGAAGUACACCUGAAAGUGCCAGAAAGACCAAAAGGAAGGCAAGAGUCAGACACUGGUUCUGAUACUGAGGUUGGUUCUGAUGAUUACACAUCAACUGAAUCUGAAAGUGAGGAGGACGAAGAAGAAAACUCUGCAACAGAAAUUGAGACGGAUUCAGAAUUUGAACAUGAUGGGACAACUCCAACACAGCAUGAUGUUCCUUCCAUUUUGAUAGAUGAUAGCAACAUCACGUACAGACGUGGUCGACGUGUGCCUGAAGAGCCCAAGAAGGUGCAGGUCCGUACUGGACACAUUUUACGCCCCAUGAAUGGCACUCUUCUCAAAAGUCCAAUUAUUCAGAAGCAAGCACAUGAUGGGGUGAAGCUUGAAUUCUCUCCUCUGCAGCCAGAGGCUGAGUCUGGCAAAUCUGCAAGUCUGUCUAAUCUGAAUGCAGGAAGUAAUGUUGUUAAUAACAACACUACCAGAACACCACCUGUAGUAAAGCCUACUCCUCUCAUCAAUCCUCGACGUGGUGAUUAUUUUCUUAAUAGAACCCACUCUACAGAAGGCAUUGCUUCAAAGAUGUCCCUGGAACUAAAAAAGAAAUACCUCUUAGGGGCUUCAGGACUUGCUGGUUCUGUAAAAAAAUCAGGUUCAGCCUCCACUCUAGACUCAAAAUUUAAGAGCUUUGUAGAUAUGAUAUCAGAGCACCAGAAGCUAUUAAAUCCUGCACCAGAACCAAGUCCUACGAUGCAGGCAUUUCUUCAAGGAACAUCCAGACUGCACGCCUCCCUCGCUAGUAAUCCUCUGUCUCCCCCCUCUCCCACAAUUCUCAGUCCUCCACUGAAGCUCCCCCCCUCCCCAUCCCAGCAACCAGCACUGUUGUCAUGCAGGCAGAAAGAAUUGCCUCUUGGUGAUGGGUUUGAGCAUGUUUGUGGUUUGGGUAAAAGAGAAGCGGAAAUGAAAAUUUCUUCUAAUAAAGAGGGAGCUGAUAAUUUGGCAGGGGAUAAACUUGAUAUAUCUAGUGGUGUUCCCAAAAGUGACAGUAUAGAACAGGCUUCUAAGUUCAGUGAUGCAGAAAUUGAAAAAGUGAAUUCAUUUGUAGAACAGAAUGUAACAGAUGCUGAUAGUCACAAAAAUGGUCAUUUGCUUCCUGCAGAAAGUAAAUUGUAUGUUGAUAUGGAGAUGUCUAAACCCAGUAUUACUGAACAGCAGCCUGAGGAAGAAUUUGAGUGCCGGCCACGUAGCCCAGUUCAUGAGACUUCAAUAGUGGUACCUGAGGUGCCAUGGAAAACUGUUGGCAAUGAUGCCAGUUGUGGUAUCGGUGGGAGUGGUAAUGGUGAUGAGGAUGAUGAUGAUGAUGAUGACAUUGUAACUGAUUCACUCUCAUCAUCUAGCAGUGCUAGUGAUUUGGAACAUAGUGAAAGUGAGCAUAAAAGCAAACCAUCUUCCUUCUGUAUUAUACAAGACCGAACUCCACCAAGAGUGGAAAUUCAUAAUUCCAGUGGUGAACUUAUGACUGAGCUAGCUGAAGACAGGCCUAAGACUGAUAAAUCCAGUGAUGAAAUGAUUUUACCACAGUUCAUAGAAGUUAUUAAUUCUGUAGAUCCUAGUACUGAAGGAGGCAAGAAAACUGCAGAUACUCCAGUUAGUGAACAUAAGAGUUCUGACAUGACAAGUGAUCGAAGCAGCACUUCAACUCCACCAUCGACAAGAGGUGGAGACUCUGAAUCAUAUCACAAUGAAGCCACUCUAGCAGAGACGGAGUUGUCUGACUGGGCACAAGAUGCUGAUGCAGUUGUUUCAGAAGAUCUUGAGGAUGCAGAGUUCAAUAUUGAUCCACGUUAUGUUACAGUCCGCCGACACAGGAAACCUAAAACCAUUAGAAAAAGUGACAGUGAAUUGAGUAAACAUGUGAGAAUUGCUAGAAGUGAGGAUUUUGAUUUUGAUGAUGGUCCUGGACACAUAUGUGGUAUUGAUAAAAGAGUAAAAGAUGAACAGGGGCCUAGUCAAGACUUUCCUUCAAACCCAGCUUCACGUCUGUUUUCAGACAUGGAUAACAUUGAAUUUAUGGACACUGGUGAAGAGGAAAGUGGAUCAGAUGAUGUGUUAGGUGUAGCAAAUAAAGCACUUUUGCACAACAGUGGUUAUGUACAGUUUGUAAAUGCCAUCGAUGAUGAGGAUUUAUCAACACCGGUGGUGGAAACACCAACCAUAGCUCAUGAGCUGCUUACCACAUCCAUACCACCAUCUGUUGUGUUAAGUGAGUGUGAAAAAGACAGUGAUAGUUUGGAGGCCUUGGAUAUGCUUAGUCAGGUUGAGGCUAUGAACAGGGAAUUGGUGGUGGCAUCAGCAGGCGAGGAUGAAGAAAGCUCUCUUCAGCCAGAAGGUACAACAACAGAAGAAACCACAACUAGUGAAAUAGUUACAGUGAAGGACAGUCCUGUAGAUGUUCCACAGGCUGAGACAUCUGGCAGAGAUGAUGUCUUCUACACACCAAUGCAAGAAUCUACAAAAUCAGCAGAUGAAACUUCUGCUGAUCCUGUUACACCUUCAGAUGAUCCAACUGGUACAGCAUAUGAGGAGUAUGUUCGUCGCCUCCAAGGCCGCAUAUCUCCAUUCAGCAAUGUACGGGACUCCAUAGAUGUUAGAAAGUCUAGAAGACGGAAUAAGGGCAUGCACCAUCAGCCUAGAACGCAAGAGCUCAUUGCAGAGGAAAGUGAAGGUACUUCAACUUCACGAGUUGUUGGUUCAAGUUUCAAUUCACCUGGUACAUCAAGAAAACUUGAAGCAAUAUUAAGAGAGAGAUCCAAGCAGAAAGAUCUUAUACAUGAAAUGGUCAUGGACAAACUCCUGGCACAGAAGAAGUCACCUCAUGAAAAGAAAGGUAAAAGACUUUCUCGUGGACCCUUGAAUUCGUUUACACAAUCACAAAACUGCCAACCAGAUGCUGGAGUAAAUUAUGAAGGCUUAACUGUAGGGUCAUGCAAAGAAGUGCCUGAAAGUCUUGGGACAAUGAAAACUAUGACAGAAAUUGGUACAGAUAAGGAUGUAAUUCAUACAUCACCAAGGGGGGGAACAACAGAUGAUAGUAACCAGGGACAUUGUGUCCAUCAGGACCUGGAAGUGCCUUUUGCUGAUGAUUCAACACCAGCUGGUGAAGAGACUGAAGAAUUUUAUACACCUAUGACAUCCUUUAAGAAACAGUCAAGAUAUUUACAACUUAGGCAACGACCUCUAUCUGUUCAUGCAUUGUUCAGGUCUGAUGAACAUGCAGAAGGUAGUGUUUCAGAAAGAAAUUCCUCUUGCCUACCUGAAACUCCGCUUACUAAUCCAGAGGCAUUUUCAUUACCAGAUAUUAGGAAAGCUUUGUUCAACACUUCAGUUGAAAUGUUAAAAACUCCUGUUGUACCUGCACGAAGACGAAAGGAAGAGGCUAAAAAUGCUUUGGAGAGGGAACGAGCCAGAGAAGAAGCCAGACUUAGGGCUCAACUCAAGACUGAUGAGGAGCUGGGCCUGAGUCCUGAGGAUUACAUCAAGAUUUUAAGACAGAAAGUUCCCAAACGGCACGCAUCAGAUGCUGGCUCAAGUACCAAGCGACAUGGUAUACUUCGAAGUUUAUCAGAACCUGGUGAAGAGCUGAAAAUCAGUGAAUGUUCUAGCUCAAAUAUGCAAGAUGAACCUCCUCCAUGUGACUCCAAUGAACAUUCAUCUUCUACUACCCCAGCUGUCAGCAGACUUUCCCCAAGUCCUGUUGGUACUCCACUCCCAUCUUAUCAACAACUGCAGACUUCAAGUGAAGGCACCAGUGGUGUUGCUUCUCCUUCAAGUGCACCAUUAUCCAAGACACCUUUCCAUUUGGAGGGAGACUUGAGUGUGUCUCUCACACAAAGUGAUGGUGCAAAGGACACAAGGAGGAAGUCCAAGGACCGUGAACGUCGAAGAAGUAUUAUCCAAGCUGUUUCAGACUUCUUCCAUAAGAAGAAAGAGUCCUCUGGAAGUUCAUCUCCACCCAAAAUAACAAUGGGAAGCAGUCAUUCUGCUAAAGACAAAUUUUCCAGAUUCCGAUUAAAUAAACACAAGGAUAAAGGAAAGUCAGAAAAUAAUUCAUGGUCGGAUGACUCAGAUGAGAAAGCCCCACUGAUGCCAGUUGAUGUGCGGUCUAAGAGUGUUGGUGAGGAGCGCAGUAACAAUUGUUUGGGUUUCAUCUCCACCAGUGAUACAGCUGCACCACCCAUUCCACCACCACCAGUUAACUAUCAGGGUGGGCCUUUUCCAAGAGUUUCAGAAGACAGUUAUUCAGAGCCAGAAGAAGACUCACGAGCCACAGUUCUCUCUACUCCUACGCAUGACACAGCAUCUGUAGAUGGAGUUACAGACAGCCUUAACAGGCGACAUUCAAGGAUGAAUCAGCGCAUGGCUCGGCAAGCUCAGCUCAAAAGAUUGCGAAUGGCUCAAGAAAUUCAGCGUCAGCUGGAGGAGUUGGAAGUCAAACAGAGAGAACUGGAAGAGCGAGGCGUGAGUGUUGAGAAAGAACUGAGAGGAGAAGGCAUGGAUGCUGAGUGUAAAGAAGAGUCAGAACUCUUGAGAGAGUGGUUUUUUUUGGUGCGGGAACGCACCGAGUUACGGCACUAUGAGCGAGAAUUGAUGGUUAGAGCUCAAGAAAUGGAGUUAGAAGACCGACAUGCCCGGCUUCGGCAGGAACUUGAAGGCAGGAUGAGCAUAGAUGAUUCAAGUAAGUCCAGUGAAGAUGUUGUGAAGGAGGGUCAGAUUCUAAGAGAGAUGCUGGAGAUCGUAGAGCGACGAGACUCGCUUAUUGCAUUGCUGGAAGAAGAUCGACAAAGGUAUCAAGAAGAAGAUAGGGACCUUGAAGCACAGAUGCUUGCGAAGGGACUUCGACUCACACCCUUGAGGAAGGAAUCAGAUGUGUAAUUCUGCCUUGAAUAAGGUUUUGAUUGUCCAGUUGUAAAGUCUGUGCAUUUAUCUCCAAAAUAUAAUGCUUACAUUUUUUUAAAAAAUAUUAUUCAAAGUGGAGGACGUUUCAAGGUUUAUUACCACUUACCAUAAUUAUAUGAAAGAAAGAUCAUAUGCAUUGUGGUAAUGAUGGUUAUCUCUAUUGUUUGCAUCCUGUUGUGUGUCAUGAUAUGGGACACUGUGGGCGUCAACACAACAAAUGCUUACAAAUAAAACAACCUAACUGUUUACAUUACUUACUUACUUACUCAUGUGAGAGACCAAGUUUCACACCAAUACAGAACCACAGGCAAAAUUAUAGUUUUG